AUGUCGGCAAAGAUUCAGAAAGUCCUUGCCCGCCAGAAAUCAAAGUGAGCAGCCACGCAGCUCGUCACAAGCUCUAGCUGACCUCAUUGCAGGAUCGAAGAAGGCGACUUCUACGAGGCUCACCAACAACUCCGAACGAUUGCGAACCGAUAUGUCAAAUCCAGCGACUGGGAUGCGACCAUUGAGCUCCUCUCAUCCGGCGCGCUGAUGCUGCUGAAGGCAGGCCAGGGUGGCUCCGGCGCAGACUUAUGCCAGUACCUGAUGGAAGUCUAUCAAAAGGCGGAACUGAAACCAGAUGUCGCGAACAAGGCGCGCAUAUUGGGGCUGCUGAGAGCUUUCCCGCCGAAUGAGCCGGGCAAGAAGAAGUUUGUGGGAGGGAUUGUUGAGUACGUCGAGGAAUGAUGCGGGAUAUGGACACUUGACUGACUGGACACCAGGUGGUCUAGCAAACACGGCGAAUUCCCCGCUGGAGACCCGGAAUUACACCAUGUGAUAGGCAGCUCAUACGCGGAGGAAGGGGAUGUCUACGACGCGGAACGCCAUCUCACACUCGGAACGAGCGACUCGGCGGCUGUCUUCAGCGACAUGGAAUACGAAUGGUAUGCCUCGGACGAGCCUUCAACAGCCUCGCACUACGCCGCCCGCGCCGUCCUUCCGUAUCUCCUCAUCGGCAAUACUCGAGCAGCUAACAAGGCUCUCCUCCUCUUCACCAGCAAACUCUCCACCUCACAUCCCGGACUCGGCGUGCAGAGCAUUUCUUCGCCCAGCAGCGACAUCCGGAUCUACCCUUCCCUCCCACUCCUAAACUUCCUCGGCCUCCUCCUCUUGGCGAUCCAAAGGGGCAGCUCAGACCUUUUCAAACAACUGAAAGCACAUUAUGCAGCUCAUCUCAAGGAAGUAGAGCAAUGGGACGAGCCUCUCUUGCAGAUUGGAGAGAUGUAUUUCGGGAUCAAGAUUCCGUCGCAGAGCAAUCCGAUGUUUGAUAUGAUGAGUAGCAUGCUGAUGGGGGGGAACAAUCCUUUUGCGCAGAAGAAGAGAGAGCCGCAGAAGGUGCAGGCUGCGAACAGUGGGCCUUCUGCGCCGUCGACACCUGCACCUGCGCCGGCUGUGGAUUGA